UUUUCCCCUCUGCAUUCAUUUCACUCUCUCGCUCUAGCUAACUCCUGCCUCUCUACCAUAUCUUUCCUUUGUCUUGUAAAUAUUUCGCAAUCCUACCUACGCUUACUUUGCUUAGAUGAAUAGAUUCACAAUUUUGAUCACGUGCAAUAGAAAUCAUAAUCAUUUUAUGGCAUAUCAAAAUUAAUCUUCAAUUGCUUUACUUCAGUUAGUGGAGUAUUUGUUACAAUCUUCGCAUGGAGAAUAGGUAGAGAGAAAGAAGAAGAUGCUGCUUUGGUGAUGAUUUCUGGGUGAUUUGUUUCAUAGUUGGAGAUGGAGAGGAGAUCGGUAGAUGUGUUUGAACCUUCUGUGAGCCGUAGUGACGUUACUAAGGGUCAAGGAAGUGGUGUGCAGGUGCUUCCGAAGCUAGGGGAACCAUCUGUGGAUCGGACUCAAGAUAAAUGGAUGGCAUUUCAAUCCGAGCCUAGCAAGUCUCCAAUCACUUCUGCUCUUGAUGGUGAUGGGAAUUCCAAUAGAGAGGGAGAGAAUGAGGCGGCAGCGAAAAGGAUAGCUGAAAGAACUGCGGAGUGGGGACUUAUGGUUAGGACAGGUGUGGGUGAAGGUAGCUUUCACGCCAUUCCUAUUGGCUCCGGAGAAGGAGAAAACACUAGGAACUCAUCCGAGAGAGCUAUUGGAUCAGCUCGGUCAUCCAGGGAUGCUUCUUUUGGAAUUGAAAAUCCGAGGGUGUCUCAGGAGCUCAAGGAUGCUUUGGCUACUCUGCAACAGACAUUUGUUGUCUCUGAUGCAACAAAGCCCGAUUGCCCCAUUGUGUAUGCUAGCAGUGGAUUCUUCACAAUGACUGGCUACUCCUCAAAGGAGGUUAUUGGAAAGAAUUGCCGCUUCCUGCAGGGCCCGGAUACGGACCAAAAUGAGGUGUCCAAGAUAAGAGAUGCAACUAGAAACGGAACAAGCUAUUGCGGGAGGCUUCUGAACUACAAAAAGGAUGGCACCCCCUUCUGGAAUCUGUUGACAAUCACUCCAAUCAAAGAUGAUAAAGGAAGGACUAUCAAAUUUAUUGGAAUGCAGGUUGAGGUCAGCAAGUACACAGAAGGAGUGAAUGAUAAAGCACUACGUCCAAAUGGAUUACCAAAGUCAUUAAUUCGUUAUGAUGUUCGUCAAAAGGAAGAGGCAAUGGGUUCCAUCAUAGAAGUUGUACAAACUGUGAAGGAUCCAAAGUCGCAAAUUGCGUCAAAUCUAGAUUACAUGCUUCCUGGACUAGCUGAAAAUGAUAACAAGAGCACCCCAGGGAGGCAUACCCCUGGACCGGAUGGAAAGAGUAACUUGAGUCGUUCUGGUUCUCGUCAGGACACAAACAAGUCCAGAAAAUCUACACGCAUUUCGUUGCUGGGACACAAAGGGAGGUCUUCAAGCAAUGCAGGAACGAUUGAAAGCCAGCCAUCUAUUGAGUCAGAGAUCUUAAUGACAAAUGAUUUUGAACGUAAACAGAGUUGGGAACGAGCUGAAAGAGAAAGAGAUAUACGUCAGGGCUUCGACUUAGCAACAACUUUAGAACGCAUUGAGAAGAAUUUUGUGAUAACUGAUCCUAGACUUCCUGAUAAUCCUAUUAUAUUUGCAUCAGACAGCUUUCUUGAACUAACAGAGUUCACACGUGAAGAAAUUUUGGGGAGGAAUUGCAGGUUUCUUCAGGGACCAGAAACGGACCAAGCUACUGUGCAAAAGAUAAGGGAUGCCAUCAGGGAUCAAAGAGAAAUUACUGUUCAGUUGAUUAAUUACACAAAGAGUGGAAAGAAAUUCUGGAACUUAUUUCAUUUGCAACCUAUGCGGGAUCAAAAGGGUGAACUACAAUACUUUAUUGGUGUGCAACUAGAUGGUAGCGAUCAUAUGGAACCGUUGAGGAACCGCCUCUCCGAGAGAACAGAACAACAGAGUGCUAAACUGGUUAAGGCUACGGCAGAAAAUGUCGACGAAGCUGUUAGGGAACUUCCUGAUGCCAACUCGAGACCAGAGGACUUGUGGGCUUUACAUUCUCGACCGGUACUGCCCAAACCCCACAAAAGGGAGAGCGUUACAUGGACAGCAAUAAAGAAGGUUACCGAAAAUGGCCAAAAGAUUGGAUUGAAUCACUUCAAGCCCAUACGUCCGCUGGGAGCUGGAGAUACUGGCAGUGUUCAUUUGGUGGAACUGAUUGGUACUGGUCAAAUGUUUGCCAUGAAAGCUAUGGAUAAAUCCAUGAUGCUAAACCGUAAUAAGGUUCACCGUGCAUGCAUUGAAAGAGAAAUUAUAUCGCUCCUGGAUCAUCCAUUUCUUCCCACACUAUACUGCUCUUUUCAGACGCCUACGCAUGUCUGCUUGAUAACAGAUUUUUGUCCUGGAGGAGAGUUAUUUGCAUUGCUUGACAAACAGCCUUUGAAAAUGUUUAAAGAGGAUUCAGCCAGGUUUUAUGCAGCUGAAGUCGUCAUUGGUUUGGAAUAUCUUCAUUGUUUAGGAAUAAUCUACAGGGAUUUGAAACCAGAAAAUAUUCUUCUUCAAAAGGAUGGACAUAUUGUGUUAGCUGACUUUGAUCUAUCAUUGAAGACACCAUGUAGACCUCAAGUUAUUAAGCCGCCUCCAAUAAAGAAAAGAAGAUCAACGAGUCAACCACCUCCAAUUUUUGUGGCGGAACCAAAUACACAGUCAAAUUCUUUUGUCGGAACUGAAGAAUACAUUGCACCGGAAAUCAUUACUGGUGAAGGUCAUAGUAGUGCCAUCGAUUGGUGGGCUCUUGGUAUAUUGGUAUAUGAAAUGCUUUAUGGGCGUACACCGUUUAGGGGGAAGAACAGGCAGAAAACCUUUGCCAAUAUCCUGCACAAAGACCUCACCUUCCCAAGUAGCAUUCAGGUAACUCUCCCAGCAAGGCAAUUUAUCCAUGCAUUAUUGAUUCGAGAUCCAGCCAGUCGUUUAGGAUCAAAUGGCGGUGCAAAUGAGAUCAAGGAACACCCUUUCUUCAAAGGAAUAAAUUGGCCUCUCAUUCGUUGCAUGAGCCCCCCACCUCUCGAUGCACCUCUUGAGGUCAUUGUGAAAGAAGAAGGAAAAGAUGUAAACUGGACAGACGAGGGAGUUCUUGUACAUCCUAUGGAAAUGUUCUAGAGCAUAGUAUCACAACGAUCUAUUUCGUCUGAGAUGGAGACGGAGGACAGACUUAGCAUGUUGUACAGGAAAAACACAUAAGAGUAUCUGACUGCAGUGGAUUUAAACACUUUCAAAUCAGGCCAAUUUACAGCAGAGAGGUGAUGAUGGUACAGUUCUGCAGUUAAGAAGGUUAAUGCAGUAAUUUCCAUUAGUUGUCACUAUGUUUUGAUUAUUUUGUAUGUAGUGAGUUUCAACCAUGCACUCUUUCCACUUCUACCUCUGAAUAAAAGUUUGUUUUUGUAUGACGAUUAUAUAUACAACUGUUAUCAUUGUAUCUCUCUGCAUAUAUUUUACUGUACAGAUCAGUUCAAGAAUAAUUAUCUAUUUCGUUAA